AUGAGGUUGAGGAAGCCUGUGAACAAGGCCAACAAGCUUGUUGAAUUCCUUGAGGAAGUUACCACUGAUAAUCCGUUGACCUAUGAAGACCUGAUAACCAGUGUGGAAGAAGCUAAGAAGAUAGUGAACAUAGCCUACAAGAUUAGCCAACAGAGAACCAACAAUGCCCUGGAGCACGGUUCAGCCACCCCUUCUGAUUUAAUGAAAUUCCUGAAAGAACCCAUAGGGGGAACCAGGGUGGCCACGAGAGCAGCUGAUUACACAGAAACCACCUUGAAGAUCUUGAAGCAGAAACUUCUGCCCAUUCUGGGGAAUGUGAAUGUCACAGAUGUGCUAAGUCCUAUGCAGAAGACUGGUUGUGCUGCCAGCGUCCAUUCUCCAGAAUGCCCGGAGGACAGUGCUUACCGGACCAUCAAUGGGAAAUGUAACAACUGGGUGCAUCCAAAUAGAGGAGCCUCUAAUCGAGGCUAUGCUCGUUGGCUCCCAGCCGAGUAUGAAGAUGGAAUAUCCCUUCCUAAGGGGGCCACUGAAGGAAAGCUUCAUAACGGAUUUCCUCUCCUGCUGGUUCAACAAGUGUCCAGUGAGCUGGCGCGCAUACCCAAUGACAACAUCACUCAUGACCAGAACCGCUCACUUAUCUUCAUGCAGUAGGGGCAGUGGGUAGACCAUGACUUGGUCUUUUCUCCAGCCAGUGAUGCCAACCCCAACAAGAAGGAAGUUCCAUGUGGCUCUACCAGUUGUGAUUUUGAACCCCCCUGUUUCCCUAUUAAGAUUUUCCCCAAUGACGAUAGGAUUGCUACCAGAGGCAUCUGUAUGCCCUUCACUCGCUCAUCCCCUGCCUGCAACCCAAACACCGUCAUCCAGGAGCCGAUCAAUGGCAUCACCUCAUUCUUGGAUGCCAGCAUGGUAUAUGGCAGUGAGGACUCCAGGGCCAACUUGCUUCGCAACAAGAGCAAUGACAUGGGCGUCUUGGCUGUUAAUGAGCAUUUCCAGGAUGAAGGACUUGACUUCCUGCCUUUUCAGACAAGAGCCCUAAACCCUUGUUUACUCACUAACAAGGAGGCCAACAUUCCCUGCUUCAGAUCAGGGGACAUGAGGGCAAAUGAGCACUUGAGCAUCAUUGCAUUCCACACUCUCUUCCUUCGGGAGCACAACUGCCUUGUCUUAGAACUUAAGAAGCUAAACCCACACUGGGAUGGGGAAGUGUUGUACCAGGAGGCUCGGAAAAUCAUCGGGGCCAUGAUUCAGAUUAUUAAUUACAGAGACUAUCUACCUUUAGUCCUGGGAAAUGAGACAGAGAAAUACAUCCCUCCCUACACAGGGUAUAAUGAGUCUGUGGACCCAACAGUGGCAAAUAUCUUCUCAUUGACUUUCCGGUUUGGACAUGGCUCCAUCCCACCCUUCAUGUCCCGCUUGGAUGAAGAGUUCCAGCCAACUGGACCAAACUCCAAAAUCCCUCUCCAUCGCACCUUCUUUGCUUCCUGGAGGAUCAUCCUAGAAGGGGGCAUUGAUCCAGUCCUCCGAGGUCUACUAAUCAAUCCAUCCAAGCAAUUGAAGCAGGACGAGAUCUUGAAUGAAGAGGUCAGAGAGCGGCUCUUUCAACAGACUGAGGUCAUCGGCUUAGAUCUGGCUGCCAUCAACAUGCAAGGGAGCAGAGACCAUGGCAUCCCAGGGUACAAUGCUUGGAGACGUUUCUGUGGUCUCUCGGAGCCCCAGACUGUGGAGGAGCUUGGUGAUGUUCUUGAGAAUAUGGAUUUGGCUGAGAAAUUUCUGGCCCUGUAUGGGACAGCAGACAACAUUGACUUGUGGAUCAGGGCCUUGGCUGAGCCUUUUGUUCCCAGUGGGAGAGUGGGACCUCUGAUUUCUUGUCUGAUUGGCCAACAGUUUCAGCAGACUCGAGAUGGGGACAGGUUUUGGUGGAAGAAUCCAGGGGUUUUUACUGAUGAACAGAUAGAAUCCUUGAGAGUUAUUUCCUUGCCCCUCCUGUUCUGUGACAACACAGACCUUUCUCAAGUCCCCAUAGAUGUGUUUCAAGUCAACAACUAUCCAGAAGAUUUUAUAAAUUGCACAGAAUUUUUAAAGCUUGGUUUGACUCCAUGGAAAGUCCAAAAUGAAUAG